UCCCUGUCGUAGAGCUGGCAUGUGCUUUCUUUACUUGCUCGUGUUCUUUCGUUCCGAUUUGGCAGUUUUGCAGUUUUUCCCCAUCUAUCAUUCCGUUAGAUACGGUUUCGUGAAACUCUCUGCGGAGACGACUACUGAAUUCAAUCACAAAAUCGACUGCAAACACACCUGAACAUCCGUCUAUUUACAUAAUUUUUUUCUUGGAAAUUAUCAUCAUUCAUCGUUCGAAGUUGGUGGUCGCCAUUUCAUUAAACAUUGGAACGCACAUUGCAACGGAUUGUGCAUGUCUAUCGAGAGUUGAUUCAAGUUGUUUAAACGCUUGUAUACGCGGAUCGGAGUGAUGUGACAGAAGUUUUUUUUAUGGUGCGUUUGAUUUUUUUUUUGUUUUCCUAUUUUCGUGUGUUCUAACCGCACUGUCGUUGAUUUUCGCUGGUGAGAGUGUCGUGCCCCUUUCUCGGGCAAUCUCGUUUAUGGUGUCUUCGUUCGUUGAAGAGUGUGAUGUGUGAUUACUUUACUUUGAUUGCUCUUAGUGGUACUGAACAUUUAGUCCGACUUCGAUUCCGUAAAUUCGGUGGCCCGCAUCGUGUGUAGUUUGAUAUCUUGUGAGUGACAAUUUCCCUUCCCGUGUUUCGUAUAAGUGUCACACCCCCUUGAAUGCUUGCAUGGUCAGCAGAUAAAUAAUAAAAGCAAAAAUAAUAAUAACAAGGCGGUGUAGCAGUGUUGGUCAAUCGCCAACACCACCAAAACCCACCAGUAGUCGGGAGUCGCUUUAACCUUUCUGACAUUGAAACUGCGAGCUGUGGGUUCACUUCUCUGUGCGAAUCGGUUGUGGCAAGUUCGGUAAAAAUUGAGUGUUGCUCUGUGCGGGGAACCAAGGUUGGCGCUACCUGUAGUAGGGACUCCAAUCGGAAAAAAAUCCUAGGUAGUGCGUGGUCAAACCGGAGUAUCACCAAUCAAAACUCGAAUGGUGUUGUGAAGCCAACCAAUUCUAGAUUGUGCAUUUUUUUUCUGUGUUACGACACCCUUUCUUCGGGGGUUUCUAUUCUUCCUUUUUUUUCCUGCCCACGUCCGAAUUCCGGCUAAACCAGCGAUCGAGGAGCCUCUUGGGCGAGGGCUAGGGCCAAGAGGAAGAAGAUAAGUCAGUUGAAAAGGAUGGCCAAAGACGAGGAAGAUGAUCUGCUGCCGGAUAAGGAUGCGGCCAAGGGGUUCUAUGCCAAGUACGAGCCCAAGGAAAUUCUCGGAAGAGGCAUCAGUUCCACGGUGCGACGAUGCAUCGAGAAGGAAACGGGCAAGGAGUUUGCGGCCAAAAUCAUCGACCUCGGAGCAGCGGAAUCCGGGGACUCGAAUCACAUGCUCGAAGCAACCCGGCAGGAGAUCCAAAUCCUCCGGCAGGUUAUGGGCCACAAAUUCAUCAUCGAGCUGCAGGAUGUGUUCGAGUCGGAUGCCUUCAUCUUUCUGGUGUUCGAACUUUGCCGGCAGGGUGAGCUGUUCGAUUAUCUGACAUCGGUAGUGACACUGUCCGAGAAAAAGUCACGUUAUAUUAUGAGGCAAAUCUUCGAGGGUGUAGACUACAUCCAUUCGAAAAACAUCGUGCACCGUGACUUGAAGCCGGAGAACAUCCUGCUGGACGACAGUUUGAACGUUAAGAUUACCGAUUUUGGUUUCGCCCGGAAGCUCAAGGAAGGCGAAAAGUUGUACGAUCUCUGCGGCACCCCCGGUUACUUAGCCCCGGAAACGCUGAAAUGCAACAUGUUUGACGAUGCACCGGGUUAUUCCAAGGAAGUUGACAUUUGGGCCUGUGGUGUCAUUAUGUUCACACUGUUAGUCGGUUGUCCCCCGUUCUGGCAUCGGAAGCAGAUGGUCAUGUUGCGGAACAUCAUGGAAGGCAAAUACAGCUUCACCUCCCCGGAGUGGGCUGACAUAUCCGAGGACCCGAAGGAUCUGAUCCGCAAGUGUUUGGUGGUGGAUCCGUCCAAGCGCAUCACCGUGACCGAGGCCUUGAAGCACCCGUUCUUCAAUACAGUACUUUUCGAGCAAAAUAUCGGCGUGCUGAAACGCAGCCUAUCGGUCAAAUCGAGACGUUUCAGUCACAUUGCCACCCUGGCACUGAACGUGACGGAUAAAUUACGUAAACAAAGUCAGUUUAACGCUAGAAAAAAGUUUCAAUUCGCUAUAUUGUGUGUUAGAGCAAUGGUUAGAAUAAAGAGGCUACGGUACACGCCGGAACCGCUGCGGGCCGAAGACGCCCUCCGGGAUCCCUACCGCAUCAAGGUGCUGCGAAAGGUCAUCGACGGUUGCGCAUUCCGCGUCUACGGCCACUGGGUCAAGAAGGGCGAGGGCCAGAAUCGGGCCGCCCUGUUCGAGAACACACCCCGCUGCGAGGUCUACAACAUGUACAUCAACAGUUUGAACCGAUAAAAUGAAGACGACUAGUAUAUCGGAAAAGGUAGCAUCACCAUCACCAGCGCUUUUGGAAGUCGAAAGUAAUCGGAAGCAAACAGUUGUGGAAGCCGGCCGAACCGUUCAGUACGAUAAGCCGGGUAUCUUAUAGUUUUGAUUAUUUUUUUCGUGUUUUUUUCUGGUCAGUCUAGCCCUGAAACGGUGGCUGAUUCAAAUUUUUCGAAACGGAUUUGAAUGAGGAUUGUUGGAUGGAACCCGUUCGAUAAACUAUGAUUGAAGAACGAGGUCUUUCCAAAAUUCGGUAUGACUGAGAUGUGAUUUGUGAAAAUUCUGAAUGUGAAAAGAGUUAUUCGACGAAAUGCAGGAAAAAUUGGGAGUGGUUCGGUCGAAAGCAAAAAUAAUGAAGCUGAGCUUAUCAUUCUUGAUCCACUAUUUAGCACGUAACAGUUGAAUAGUUUCGAUAAGAAAUUCAAGUUAAAUGUACAUGUUUUAUAUGUUUUGUAUGCUAAUAAUAAUUUAUUUCGCUACCAUAUAGCUUUCUUCUCUCUUUUAUCCACAAUCUACUGUCUGACGCUAGUGUGCUAGCGAGCUAGCAUCUUCAUAUCAGUCCUGUGACAUCUGUUUCCCAAAGCAAUUGAAAAAAAAAUCUGUUAAAAAACAUUCGUAUCGCUAGUUUUGCGUAGCAGCAAAUCAAUUUCGAUAACGAUUUCUUCUCUUAUCUUUAGCUGAAUUGUCGUCGUUUUUCCAACAAUGGUAACCAAAAUUUCCUCUCUUGUCUAACUAGCUGUAAGAACUGCGUUCAAAUAUCAGUAACGAGCCUAAGGGCGGACAGAUAACAUUAAGAAAUAAGUUUAGGAAUAUAAAUAAAUAAUAGACAUACAAUAAACAUCCGUUUACUAGCCAAACAAUUUUAUUAUUUUUUCGGAUAUAUACUAUAUGUUUCAGUUGAUAAAAGAAAAUAGGAACAUUAAGAAAUCUAUGAACUAUAUUAAAAAAAAAAGAAACUCAGAAAACUAUUAGGCUAAAGAGAAUCGUCGCGUGCUAUGAACACUGAACCGUGUGGUUAAAAUAUUUAUGAUCAAGAUAAAGCAGGUGAGGUUAUUGAAUUUGCAAAAAGUUGAACUAAUUACACCACAAUCAAUGUUGAAAGAGAAAAACACACAGAUUUCCUGUAGGCAAAGUGAAAUGAUACAUUGAGAAGCUAGCAAAACAUAACUAUAGAGAUUAUUGACAAAAAAAAAAUGAUCCUACAUUGACACCCAUCUACCUGGAGCUAUAUAGGGAAAAAAUGCUUGCAAUAAAACA